AUGAUCGGCUCUGAUACACUAGUUACGCCCGAGCUCUUCACCGUCCUUCUUGACAUGCGGAUGACCGUGCGGGACGCUGCCGUCAAUGGCGCAUUGCUGCAUCAGAACUCCCGAGGUCGACUCAAGCUUGAGGUUGGAGCGAUUGUGCGGUGUACCGCCCUCGACAUUGUGCCGAUGAAGACUGCAAUUGCACAAGGAAAAUUGAAGCUAACGAGGGAUCUGUCCAUCGCCGCGCGCGAACAGGCACCCCGCCGGGACUGA